AUGACUGCCCACAGCAGCAUCGAUGUCAGGGCGACGGCCGCCCGCGAUGCGACUUCCGCCGGCCAGCGUGGCGACACAAAUGACGGUGAUACGACAAGUCAAGUCGUCGGAACAUCCCUGAACGACGCGCAUCGGGCAGGCAAGGAAGCCUCGCCCAGAUUGCAAUCUUCAAGAUUGGAGGCUCUCCCUCCUGAGCUGAGAUUAAGACUCCUCUUGUCCAUGCCAGAUCUACAAACUCUCCGAUCCCUCGUCCACGCUUCUCCAACGCUACAUGCUCAGUACUGGCAUAGCCGAGAUAGGAUUCUGCGAGCUUUUAUAGGCCGUGAACUCGAUGGAUUUCUUAUCGACGCGUACGUCACUCAAAUGUCUCGGUCACAUGAGCUAGGUUCACCACGGACCAACGAGAAGAUUGCUGAGUUUACCGACACCUAUGGCGAUUGGCUAUCUGCCCCAGAGUCAUCUCCAGACUUGAACUCGAUAGAACCCGAAAGACUCCGUUCCAUGUCGACGUUCUACUUGUCGGUCGCCCAGCCCUUGGCUCAUCAAUACUGUGAAUGGGCACUUGGAAACUUCAUACCGGCUAUCUUGGACUUUGUAGCCCUGACAAACCCUAAACCAACAGCAGAAGCCCUUGGUAUUAAUGACCUGAACCCCCAACGAAGCGAACUGAUUCGCGUUUUCCGUGCCAUCUAUCGAUACGAGACGUAUUACAACCUCUUUGGAUGCAACGAGGGCAAACGUGAAGGUGCGCCGUUCACCAUGGACUGGACGAACCACCUAUUGUUGUAUCGUUUCGAGCCUUGGGAGGCCGAGGCCGUGGCAUGCAUUCACACUUUCAUCUAUGAUAAAUAUGAGGAAAUUUUAGAGCGGUUUGAGGAUAAUUUGCGCCCUCCGAAUGUCAGGUUUACGUUGGAGAAUGGAGUUUACUGCUACGACGAACCCUUUCGUCUCCUAGCCGAGGUCAACGACUAUUUGGAGGGCAUGCUCUCGCGCGGACUACGUACAGCAGUACAGCUAUUGGAGACCCAUGACGACGAGGAGCUUGUUGUCAAGGUGCGGCAAUGUCUUCGUCGCAGUAGAAACCAAGACAGCACUCUAGAAGGUGCCCUGAGCGAAGCCGCCCAGAGUAGCAGAAGAUACGAACUGGAUGUCCCCCCGGACCCCAGAGACGAGAUCGCGAGGGAUAGGCGUUUUAUGGAUUUUACUGGUGAUGCCGUGCCACCGACCGGGCCGCCGUUUGGGUGGGUGCAGCUCUGGGGUGAGGGAUAUGCCAAUAUCUACGGAGAAUAUGUUCCAAAAUCUGUACAGCGAUGGGGCUAUGUCAUGUGGAACAAGGAGCGCUGGGACUUUCCGAUAGGACAUAGGCUUCUAGAGCGGUGGUGUCGAUGGCCCUCCGAUGAUAUUCAGGUGGGCUCCAUGCACUACUCCUGGAGACCAUGA